AUGACUAUUGAAAAAGAUGUACAUGAAAUGGUUGCUAAUAAUAAUGAUAAAAAAAAUCAUGAAGAAAAACAAUAUCUUAAUUUAGUUCGAGAAAUUAUUGAUAAAGGUCUGGAAAAAUCUGAUCGAACAGGUACUGGUACACGUUCUAUAUUUGGCCCAUCAAAUAUGCGUUUUAAUUUACGGAAUGGAUGUUUUCCAUUAUUAACAACAAAACGUGUUUUUUGGCGUGGCGUUGUUGAAGAACUCUUAUGGAUAAUUAGUGGAAAAACAGAUGCAAAAAUUCUUGAUGGAAAAAAUGUAAAAAUAUGGAAUGAUAAUGGUACAAGAGAUUUUCUUGAUAAACUUGGUUUUACACAACGUGAAGAAGGAGAUCUAGGACCUGUUUAUGGUUUUCAAUGGCGUCAUUGUGGUGCAAAAUAUAUCGAUUGUAAAACUGACUAUACAGGUCAAGGUGUUGAUCAACUCGCUCAACUUAUUCAUAUGAUUAAAACUGAUCCAAAUUCACGUCGUCUUCUUCUAUGUGCAUGGAAUGUAAGUCAAUUACCUGAAAUGGCUUUACCACCAUGUCAUGUCUUAUGUCAAUUUAAUGUAUCACCAUCAAAUGAAUUAUCUUGUCUUAUGUAUCAACGUUCAUGUGAUUUAGGUCUUGGUGUUCCAUUUAAUAUUGCAUCUUAUUCUUUACUUACUUAUAUGAUUGCACAUGUAUGUAAUUUAACACCAGGUGAUUUUAUUUAUUCGAUGGGUGAUGCACAUGUGUAUCUUAAUCAUAUUGAACCAUUACGUGAACAAAUGGAACGAGAACCACAUUCAUUUCCAACAUUAACAAUUACUAAUAAGCGAACAUCAAUAGAUGAUUUUAAUAUUGAUGAUUUCAAACUUGAUAAUUAUUUACCAUAUGGUCCAAUUAAAAUGCAAAUGGCUGUAUAA